GGUGAACCUGCGAGACUCGUCCGCACACUUGCUUUCUCCAUCCUAGAAACCACACUCGAGCACCCACCUCUAAGAUCGCAGCCUGCCCCUAGAGAUUACUGCCGCGACCGUUCCUCGAUGCAGCGUGGCCGAAAGCUCUGAGGUCGGAUACAUCCUUUGAAGCCUAAGUAUGCGUCCUACAAAGAUCGGCGCCUUCGAUGAUGGAAAGAGAGACUGGAGCGGUACUGAUGGCGAGGAGCCAUUACCCGGCGAUUCGAAACGACGGAGAACAACCCACGGAAGCGGCGAUGGCGGCUGGGGCCACAGACAAAGCUGGAUCCCGAGAAUGCUCUCGCAACACGACUACACUGUUGGUUGGAUCUGCGCGCUUCCCAUCGAGAUGGCUGCUGCAAGAGCCAUGUUGGACAAUGUUCACAAAAGCGUUCCUACCAGCCCAGAUGAUACCAACGCGUAUACCUUGGGGCACAUGGGCAUGCACAAUAUCGUCAUUGCGUGUCUUCCAUCAGGUCAGUAUGGCCUAAACAACGCAGCGACUGUUGCGAGUAACAUGCGCCGGAGCUUCCCUUCUAUUCGCUUCGGCCUGAUGGUUGGUAUUGGUGGCGGAGUCCCUGGAAAAGUCGAUUUACGACUCGGCGAUAUCGUGGUUAGCAAAGAAGUGGUGCAGUAUGAUUUCGGGAAGACUGUUCAGGACGGCCAUUUUCAGCGAACAGGCACUCUGAACAAACCCCCACAGGCACUCAUGACUGCCGUCGCCAAACUACAAGCGGAUCAUAUAUCAGAGCCCAGCAAAGUACCCUCUAUCCUCUUCCAGAUGCUGGAAAUGCACCCAUCUAUGAUCGGAUAUACCCAUCCUGGCACGCUUCAAGAUCAGCUAUUUGACGGUAAAUACGACCAUAUCGAAUCCAUGGAUAGCUGCGAGCAUUGCGAUGUAUCUAGGUUGGUGAGCAGACGUGCCCGAAGUAGCACUGAUCCGAAGAUUCACUACGGAGUCAUUGCCUCUGGAAACCGAGUUAUGAAGCACGGCAGGACAAGGGACCAGCUGGCACAAGAGCUCGAUAUCCUAUGCUUUGAGAUGGAGGCGGCAGGAUUGAUGGAUAGCCUUCCAUGCCUAGUCAUCCGAGGGAUUUGUGAUUAUUCGGAUUCUCACAAGAACAAGCAAUGGCAAGAGUAUGCAGCAGCAACGGCGGCGGCAUAUGCCAAGGAACUCCUCUCUGUCAUAUCGGCGAGUAGCAUCAAUCAGACACAAAGCGCCAUGGUGUCAUCAGAUGCUGACCGAAAACUAUUACAAGAGCGCCGAAUCAGGUUACUUGGUUUGCUGGAAUUCGACCAAAUCCAUGCCCGCCGCAUAGGUGUGAAAGCUGCUCAUGAAAAAACGUGCACAUGGUUGCUUGAAGAUCCUGUGUAUCAACGUUGGCUAGACCCCGCAAAACUUGUCGAACACCACGGAUUCUUGUGGAUCAAAGGGAAACCUGGUGCCGGAAAGUCGACAAUCAUGAAGUUUGCAUAUUCGCAUGAGACACGAACCUUGGGGAACACAGCUGUUAUUUCGUUCUUCUUCGAUGCGAGAGGAGAAGAUCUGGAGAAGUCGACCGCAGGGAUGUAUCGCUCCUUGCUAUGGCAGCUAUUAAGGGAAGUUCCGAAGCUUCAGGAAGUUCUCGAUGAUCCGGAUCUCAUUCCUCUAAGCCAUAGUGAUUGUCCAACGUGGGAAACUGAAGUUCUUCGGUCUCUCUUCUCUCUUUCAAUCGCCAAACUUGGCCAGCAACGCCUAGUCUGCUUUGUCGACGCCCUCGACGAAUGUGACCGGGAAGAGGUCUACGAAAUGGUUGAGGAUUUUCAAAGUCUUGGAAAAGACGCUGUUUCGAAGGGAUCAUCGCUUUACAUCUGUUUUUCCAGUCGUCAUUAUCCAUUUAUUGACAUAGCAGAUGGUCGGCAACUUAUUUUGGAACACCAGCCUGGUCACGAGCAUGAUCUCGAAGCUUACAUAUCCAACAAGUUAAAACUUGGAAAGGGUAGCAAGACUCAAGCUGAUGAGCUAAGAAACGAGAUCCGUGAUAGGGCAAGUGGAGUUUUUCUGUGGGUUAAGUUGGUUGUUCAGAUGCUGAACAAGGAAUUCGGGAGGGCCAGUACCCUUGCCAUUCGGAAGAGGAGGCUUCAGGAGAUCCCAACCGAGCUGAGUGAGCUGUUCAGGGACAUUUUGAAAAGGGACAACGAGCACCCGGAGAACUUACUCCUAUCCAUCGAGUGGGUUCUCUAUGCUAAGCGACCGUUGAAGUGGGAAGAGCUCUACUUUGCACUCAUUUCUGGACUGCAUCCGGAUACUCUGACCGCAUGGGACCCGGAGGAAAUCACCGUCCAAGACAUCAAGAAAUUCGUUCUGAGUUCCUCAAAAGGCCUGGCGGAGAUAACGAAGCCCAACGCUCACACGGUUCAGUUCAUCCACGAGUCUGUGAGAGAUUUUCUGUUGAAAGAAAAUGGUCUACGCGACCUGAGGCGCGAGCUGGGGCUUGAAGAAGAAAAUUUCCAGAGCUUGGCCCACGAUCAACUAAAGCAAUGCUGUCAUGUCUACAUUAAGCUCGACAUCUCGGACCAUGUGCCCUCUGACACACCACUUCCAAAGGCAUCAUCAGUUGCGGCAAAAGAUUUGCGAGGCUCCGUGUCAGACAAGUUUCCAUUUCUUGAAUACGCAACCCGCAAUGUUCUCUAUCAUGCCAAUAGUGCUGGGAACGUACUUCCAUGGGAUACUUUCAUCAAAGACUUCGCUCUCGAGGCCUGGAUUAGUCUCAAUAACCUCUUUGAGAAGUAUGAAAUCCGCCGAUACACGUCAAGUGCAAGUCUUCUGUACAUUCUUGCAGAGAAUAACUUGGCAAGUCUCAUCAGAUCAGUGCUUCGCCUCGAUUCAAGGAUCGAUAUACAAGGAGAGCGGUAUCGAUAUCCUCUUUUCGCUGCCUUGGCUAAUGGUCAUCGAGCUCGAGUAUGGAAAGGAUUUUGCGACUCCCAAGGGCCAAACGCCGCUUCAAUGGGCUGCUUCAAUGGGGCACGUGGGUAUGGUGAAGCUACUACUCGCGACUGAAAGCGUCGAUGCCAAUUUUAGAGGUGACUACGGCCGGACGCCGCUAUCAUGGGCUACUGAUAUGGGGCAUGAGGGGAUCGUGAAGCUGCUACUGGCGACUGAAGGCGUCGAUGUUA